GUGCCAUUCAGUCCCGCCGGUGUGUGCUGAGCAGAUGGGGUCACAUUAGCUGCUGUUAUGAAAGCGGAGAAAGAUGAAUGAGAAGCCGCAAGGUGGUUCUUGAAGAGAGUCUGGUCCAGCAGGUCUGAAGUGGCCCUGGUCUGGUGUUGAUGAUGGCUGACCAUCUACCUCCUGUUCUGCUUGAAGCCUGUGUGGUGGUUGGAGCAUCUAGCCAAAAACUCAGAGAGGUUAACCAGGCCUUUAACGGUAAUGAGACUCCAGAGCAGCUCCUGUUGGAUCCAGAGGUACUGCAUGUCCUGGUGCCUCCUUUCAUUUGUCGACCUAAUGCUGAGAGUGAAGCGAUGAGGACACAUUGGAGGAAGAGGCGCUCCUUUCUUAAGAAGAAGAGAGAAAAACCUCCUUCAGCUUCAGCUGCUGCUAGCCAAGCCCCAGGAAGUGAUGAUAUCAGCGUUCCUAAAGACAUUGACCUCAUGGCUUUGCCUCAGCUCUGCUUCCCAGAUGGACUCAAAGUAACCAAUAAACAGGGAGAUGACCAGUUCCACUUCCUGGUUUUCACUGAUGUCCUUGGCAACAAGACACAUGGAGUUGUAAUGCGGUGUUACCGGCCGAUACUGGAAGGGACAUCUGUCUUCCAAAAUGGAGCUGUGGCUUCUAAGUUUUCUAAGCUUUUCUCUGCCUACGGUGUCUGUGUGGUAUCAAAAUAUCCUUACUUCACUGCACUCAAAGACUGUCUGUCAUGUCUGUUAAUCCAGCUAAGAACUUGUCGUUUAUCUGACAUGGAGGACAGAGUAAAGGAGUUUGCAGCUAAACUGGUGCUGGUGCCUAUCCCCCCUCCUGGACAUCUCCAUUUGACGUUUUCGCUGCGUCCUCUGACAAUUGUUUUACCAUCCAGAGAAGACAAAGACCACCCUGCUAUUGAUUUAGAGCUCCAUCUUUUGUUCCUCUGCUUCAGACCACAGCAGCUCCUGCAGGUGAUGUCUAGUCUCCUGCAGGAACAGCGGGUGGUGUUAUUUUCUGCUGAUUGGGCCAGACUCACAUUGAUAGCUGAGAGCUUGUUGCUGUUUUUACAGCCUCUGUCAUGGCAGCAUCCUUAUGUUCCUGUGCUGGCCAGAGGUAUGCUGGACUUCCUCAUGGCUCCGACUGCUUUUCUCAUGGGCUGCCAUCUCAGCCAUUUUCAAGAAGUUGCUGAUGAAACAAAUGACCUGAUCCUUGUCAACAUUGACAAUGGGACUGUCACAACUUCCUACUCAGAGACACUCAACCUACCAGAGAUACCAAAGGCUGCUGCAGAGUGCUUCAUAGAGAGGUGCCAGUCCCUGCAGAUCCAUUUUGACCUGUAUCAGUGCAGCCAUACAAGCUGUACAGACAUCAGUGAGCAGCGAACGCAGAGAAGAGCAUGGCAACAAAACAUGAACCACAACAUCCAGAGGAUCACAUUGGAGCUGAUUGUCAACAUAUUCAGGGAUGUUGGCUGUCAUUUGAACUAUGAACAUCGAGUUUUUAACAGUGAAGAGUUCCUGAAAACAAGAGAGCCAUCUGAAAAUCUGUUUUACAAGAAGGUAUUGGAGACACACAUUUUUCAUUCCUUCCUCAAAGAGCGUCUCAACAGGAAAAUGGAUGACUUUGCUCGAAUGGAACUUGACACUCGUUCAGAGAGACAAAAGAUGAAGGCUAUGGUUGAAGUCCCACGCAGACCCACCAUACAGGAGAUUCAAGCCCGCAGAAAGAGCUCCAUUACAGAGGGCAAGCUGAGUAAGAGACUUGGUAUGAGCCUCCCUAACCUCGGAGAUGACCAAACUGUCAACUUCCAAAGGACCACGCAGCCAAACAGAACUGUCAUGUCUGAACCUGUGAUGAGAACUCCUCCUACGCUGGUAAAGGUGUUUAAACUCCCAGAUUUCCCAAACUCCCUAUCUUUUCACUCAGUCCAAAGCUACUACAGUGAGCUGAUCCAGCAGCUUGGCAAAGCCAUCUUCACUGCCCAAAAGGAGAAUCCUACUCUACUGGCCAGAUUCUACUACCUGCGUGGUUUUAUCAACACAUUGUGUUUUCGGCGGCUGGAUGCUCUCAGUGAUUUCCAGAACCUCUACAAGACAGACACCGCCAUCUUCCCCACUCAGCUAGUCUCAUGGCUUGUGGACUCACUAAACACAGAUGAGAGACAUCAAGCCGACAGACGACCUGAGCUCAAAAGACUCAUCCUCAAAGUGCAGACAGAGAAUGAGAAGCCAUCCGUGCAGCCUGAUGACCAUGUCAAGAAGUUUGAGCUCCCCCGAAAGAAUCUGCAUCAGGAGGAGUUUGUGCGAUGUAUUCAGGAGUGUGGGAUUAUAAAGGAUGUAGCCACGAUACACCGGUUAUUUGAUGCUCUCAGUGACGGUCAGCCAAAGCAGGUGGAGCCUGGACUCUUCAAACACUUUUACACCUUCUGGAAAGACAUGGAAGCAGAGGCACAAGAUGUCAACCUGCCCCCUGAGGUCAUAGACUGUCUGGACAAUAGCGAGUGUGUAUACAAGUUGUCAUCGUGUGUCAAGACCUCCCAUGGUGUUGGUAAAAUAGCCAUGACACAGAAGCGUCUGUUCUUACUUACAGAGGGAAAACCAGGAUUUUUGGAUAUCACAAACUUCAGAGACAUAGAGGAGGUGAAGAUUGCCUCAGCUCCUGUGCUUCUUGUUCGUAUCCCUUCCCUUCGUAUUAAGACCAAAAGCAGGCCUGAGGUGUUUGAGGCCAACCUGAAGACAGAGGCUGAACUCUGGAACCUUGUUGUUAAAGAAAUGUGGGCUGGACGCAGGAUGGCCGACCAGCACAAGGACCCUCAGUACAUGACUCAAGCCCUGACUAAUGUCCUCUUAAUGGAUGCAGUAGUGGGCUGUCUGCACACCCAGAGGUCCAUCAUUGCUGCUUCAAAACUGGCCUAUUUUGAUAAGCUCAAACAAGAAGCACCCAUGAUGGUGUCUGAAACGACAUUGGAGACUCUAAAACACAAGAUCAACCCAUCACUGGCCCUGGCUGAACCUCAGACUGUGCAUGUCCUUCUUUACACACCAGGUCAGUUGACCUGCAGUGACUCCAUGGGUGGGAUGAACCCAAAGCUGUGGGUUGCUCUCAGUGGGGGCAGAGUGGUUGUGUUUGAUGCAGCGAGCUGGUCCAUGCUUCAGGACUGCAUCCAGGUCGGAGAGUCACAGCUGAACUGCAUGCUGGGAUUAGAUCAGGAACAGGUUUGGAUUGGCUCUCAGGACUCUGUGAUCUACAUCAUCGACACUCACAGCAUGUUAUGCAACAAACAGCUGACUGAGCACAGACAUGAGGUGACUGGACUCACAGCGGAGACCAGAGAUCAGCACAACAGUCAGCAGACAUACUCAUGCAGCAGUGAUGGGACAAUUCUGCAGUGGGACUCUACCAGUCUUAAAGUAAAGCGACAACUCCACCUCAGCUGUGACCGUCUCUUUUCCGUACAGAUCUACGGUGGAACAUUAUGGUGCUGUUGUGGUGACAGCAUUAUGGAACUGAAAAAGAGUGGGACUCCACAAAGAAGAUAUGAAAUUCCUGAUGACAUACGGAGCAUGCCUAGUAGAUUUAGCUGCUUUGUCGUCAUCCAAGAGCGAGGGGAGUUGUGGACGGGCUGUGCAGACUCUGGCGAUCUGUGUCUUUGGCAACUUAACAACCCCAGGCAUCCUACAAAGAGGAUCUGGCUACCAGGCUGUUCAGGAGUCACCUGUAUGAUACCAGUUAAGGACAAGAUCUGGGUGGGCUGUCGUGGUUGGAGCACUGUUGGAGGUCACUGUGAUGGUCAGCUGAGGAGUCAAGUGUUGGUGAUGGAUCCAGAAAGCCAAACUGUGUCAAAGGAGCUGCAGGCCCAUUCAGACAGCAUUCAGACACUUUGCUCUGCUGAGGAUCGUUAUGUCCUGAGUGGUUCCACAUACCGUGAUGGAAAGAUUGCCAUCUGGAAAGUUGAGUAGAAAACAAGAUAAAGAGCAGAAGUAGCACUUUAAAGGACAAGCACAAGAAAUGCUAGAUAUUUGUACAUGAUAAUGAGACAUGCUCAUGAAGGUGGUAGUAAUAUUUAAAUGGUAAUUGAAGUCAAUCAUCAAAUACUUGGAACAAAAAAGUGGUAAAGGCAGCCUUAAGGUUAAUUCUUGAGACUUUUUUGGAACACACUUGGACUUGUGUCAAAACUUCUGUGGGUUCUGUUUUAUAAACAUAUAUACACAACACUUAAUAUCAAUAAAGUUUUAAGUAAAA